UACGAGUUGAAUUAAGCCUUAAUAUUUCAUUUAUCAUUUAUCCCCUAGCAGAUUAGCUGCAUAACUUCACCUCCAGCCUCUCUUCUAGCACUACGGGCUGCACUCUUGAGUAGCAUCUCCAGUGUGGGGAGCGUUUGUGGGGAUGUGGGAGUGAGAAUAUAUGACGACCAGGGAAUAAAACCUCCCACUGUAUUCACCACUAUACUCCUUAAUAGAAUUCUACACUAUCGCACAAUGUCUGCACCAAAAGGCCCUUUCACCCUCGUCACUGUCAACACAGCGCCCGAGCGGGCGAAACGGCUUAUCGGCCGCUUGAUCGAGGCCCUCAAGGACCGGUAUACGAUUACCCAUGUCGAUAACUGCGAGAGCAUCGACCAAGUCGCUCCAAAGGUGACGGAACACAAGCCCGAUGUCUUGUUCAGCGCAUCCAUGUGGUCGGCCGAGCAAGCAGCUGAAAUCCAAUCCAUUGCACGCUCAAUCAGGCCGGACAUCAAACUGCAUGCGAUUCCGCAGGGGCUGCAGGUUGAGAAGGGCCCCGAUGCGAUUGUUGAAUAUCUUGUUGAGAAUGUACCGCCGCUGUUGGAUGGGGAGAAUUAGACUAUACGGUCAUUACGGCUAUUACUUACUACUUGGAUUAUAGGGCGGGGUUUGGAAUGCCUUAUUUGGUGGCUCUACGGGCCAGCGCUUGAUACGAGAAUCCGAGCGCCUGGUUUCACUCCAUGUAUAUAUAUCGAGAAGGCUAUGAGUAAAUAUCUAUCUUGGAUUGAUCUGCUGAGAAACGCUCUCGAUUAGAAAUGCUGGCUGUCCCACUGAUCUUGUCUUUGUCUUGCUUAGUGGGAUCCUGCGCGGGGCACAAACUACACCGUACAACAGUG